CGAUUGGCGACCAAGUAUAAUCCGGCCGGGAUUACAUGCGCUCUGAAUCGGCACGAUGUUUUGACGACUGCCUGUCGUAUCGGACGCGUCGCGUUUGCCGUGGCACGGAGAACUCAGCGCUAGCUCACAGCUUCAGAUACAUGAGAACCAAACCCACUAUCAUCGCCUUCGAAGCCCCGACGGAGAGGAGGAAAUCUAAUGAGAGCAUCUUAACUUUAGCACGUCGCCGGUUUUCAAAGAGCAAGACACCAGAGCGUGACGCAGAACUUGACAGACCAGCGAUUACCGUGGAGAGUCCUUCCGAAGCCAGCGCUGAGUAUCCUGUGGGAAAACCACUUGAGAUCUACUUGGACGGGCCGUACGGUGCAGCUUCCUCCCACAUCUUCCACGCGGAGCACGCCGUGCUGGUGGCUGCUGGUAUCGGCGUCACUCCGUUCGCGUCCAUCCUGCAGGCCAUUAUGUACAAGUACUGGCGCACCAGGGUCGUGUGUCCCCGCUGCGAGCACGCCUGGCACUCCAACCCCUUCGAUGAGAUGACGUUGCGGAAGGUGGACUUCUUCUGGAUCAACCGCGAGCAGCGAUCGUUCGAGUGGUUCGUGUCGCUAUUGUCCCAGCUCGAGAUAGAACAGGCGGAGUGCACCAGCGACCGCUUCUUGGAGAUGCACAUGUACAUCACCAGCGCGCUACAGCGGAGCGACAUGAAGGCAGUCGGCUUGCAGCUGGCCCUGGACCUGCUGCAUGAGAAGGAAAAACGUGAUUUGAUAACUGGUCUCAAGACACGCACGAACGCGGGAAGACCCAACUGGGACAAAGUGUUCCAGAGACUGCAGGAACAGAACAUGGGGAAGGUGACGGUGUUCUACUGUGGACCCCCUCAGCUGGCAAGAGUGUUGCGAGUCAAGUGUGAUCAGUUCGGCUUCGAUUUUAGGAAGGAAGUUUUUUAAGGAUUACAUUAAAAAUAGAUUGAAACGGCGUAGGCGUGGCUCAAGCGUCUAGUAAACACAAAUUGAAACACAUUAUUUUCUCUUUGUGAUAAUAUUAGUCAAUUGAGUAAAAAUAUAGUAACUUGUUGUUUUUGGAAAAUUAAGUAUAAAUCUAACAAAAUAAUAUAUUUUUUAUGAAAAUAAGAGACAAGACGAGCUGAUGGUAUUUGAAACGCCCUGUCCAUUGCAAUGCAGUGCCGCUCAGGAUUCUUGAAAAACCCAAAAAUACUGAACGGCGCUACGAUUACGCUUGUGUCCUUAAGGCAUAAGAUUUUAAGUCUCGUUUGCCCAGAAAUGUCACUAGCUACGGUGCCCUUCAGACCGAUGCACAAUAAUACUUACACAUUACUGCUUCAGGGCAGAAAUAGGCGCCGUUGUGUGGUACCCAUAAUCUAGCCGGCAUCCUGUGCAAAGUAGCCUUCCACUGGUAUUAUUGUAAAUACUGUCUUAUUUUGUAGUAAAGCAGUACAAAGCGUCGCACUUUGGUCGUGUUCUGUCUUCAAUGCUGUUAAUAUCAUAUUAUAUCUAACCAGAACAUAUAGUAGUUAAUAUAAAAUAAGCAGAUUUUAUUUGAAGGCAACCUCAUAACCAGCCUGUUGCGGUGAGUAGAGGUCAGCUAAGAACUUACGAACUAGGCUUACCAUCCGCAAGAGAGUUUUUUAUUAUGAACAGAACAAUUUGUGUCAUGUCAGAAAUUAAUUUGUAAUUUAUAUACCUACUUAAUAAUAAUAAUUAUAGUAGUAGUCUUAGAUUAAGGAUCGGUCUCCACUGCGCUCCAACAACAUACCUCAAAUUCGAACAAUGUGGGAAGUUGACGUGCCACAUGUUCUGUUAAACUUUGCUAAUAAUUGAAUCUAAAAUGGCAGGUUGCGUAGUAAGACUUUGUAAAAAUAAUACUACAGGAAAUAAGAAAGACACUGAUAACAUAUCAUCAGUAAGUAUUUUGUAUUUUAUUAAUUUCAAUGUAAAAUAACACGAAGCGUAUGUUACAAAAUUUGAAAGAUGCCAUUGAGUGUCAACGUGAGAUGCAACGCACACAAGCAUCUAAUAGUUGUAUUAAAAAAGCUAUUGUUCUUAGGUAGUGCGGUAUCUAGUUGGAGCCCAGCGAAGACCAAUCCUUAUUCUAAGGAAGUGGUCGUAUCUUUGUCUUCCACGUCAUCUAUUCGGAGAUAUUAAUUCGAAUAAAUUUUCAAUUAUGUAUUUAUUUGUAAUUUUACUUUGAUCGUUGAUAGUAUUAUAUUUAAUAAUUUUUGUUUGUAUUGUAAAUAAUAUUAAUAGGAUCUUUAUAGGUAAUUUAUAAAGUUAUGAGUCAAUAUAUUUAUUUAUAGAAGGUACUUAUUAAACUAAUUGGAUCGAUAACUAUCAAUAGAACAAAAUUAUUUAAAUAUUUUAUUUCCUGACAGAAACUAACCUUUUCAUUUUGCUGAGGAGAGCUUUUUUUGAGAAGUAGGUGAGGACCUACUUUGUCAUGUUACCUGAUAUAGGGUUGCCAUCGUACUCUGAAAUAGAGUAGAUAUUGUACUCUAUUUAUGAUGUAAGCGUGCCAUUUAAUCCAGGGGUGCUCAAGCUUGAACUGCUGGCGAUCUACCUCAAAAUUGUUAGACUACCUACGAUCGAUCAACUCUGAGAGGCUUCCAGUAUGUGUGAUGAAGGAUUGUCGUCUAGGUGUCACGAUGACAUAGAUAUUAGUUUUGCGCACAAUAAUAUGCAGUUUUUAGUAAAGUAGGUCUGCUCUAAAAUGUCAAUGAAAAACUCAUAAUUAUUCAUAAUUGCGAGUUUAUUGGUUCUUACAAAACAAACGCGUUCUAGUGUCUAAAGUUCUGAGCUUAACUAAAGAGUGACUUUGGAUGUUGAAUCAGCGUGACUCUGCAUGUCCUGAGCAAAACAAAAUCUGUGAAUAAUUCUAUAAGUAUCGGAUUUUGUUCUCGACAUCGACUCAAGGUCGAUCGCGAUCAACUGUUUGAGCACCCCUACUUUAAUCUAUAUCACUAAUAGAGUAUGCUAAAAUACUCUUUUUUACACAAUCCCCCUUAUUCAUAAUAGUCUGCUAACUUAAAGCAUUGCUAAUUCUCACUCUGUCUUCUUCUAUUGACCUAAGUCAGAAUGAGAAAAACACUCCUAAGCGGCUGUUUAAAGUUAGCGGACCAUUAUGAAUAAGGGGGAAUGUUUACUUAUACUAUUGCCAGUCAUGUAAUAUUAUGCAUACCCCUUAUAAUAACCAAAAAAGUCGAUUAUUUACUGUUAAUAUGUUAACAAAUAAUACCUUUUUAAAAUUUGGAGAUUUUUGGAGUUCGUACCCUUUAUUUACCUCUUUUGAAAUCAUAUAGGUACUUAUACUCUAUUUCUUCCACUAAAAGUGGCAACCCUACAUAGAUAUACUUAAACUAAAUAAUAUUAAAAAUAUAUACCUACCUAAUAACCUACUGACAAUAAUUAUUAUUACCUAUUUAUGUAACUUUUUGAUAAUUUAAUCUAAUAUUUAUUUAUAAAUAAAGUUUGAAGAUAUACAACUACUUACUUUCUUCUUC